AUGGAGGCGGCGAGUGAGGAGAAGCUGGCCUCUGUGUCCGACCUGGUGACUGUGUUUGAGAACAGCAGGGCGCCAGGAGCAGCGCCCGGGGCCCACACGCUCGAGCACCACCGCCCCAGGUGCAGGUCUCCCCGGCCUGAGGGGCCGGGGGAGAAGCCCAGCGCCGGGGAGCCCCCGGGGCCCGGGACCAGGGCGGUCAGCAGGAGGUACCUGAGCUCCCUGAAGAACAAGCUGACCAGCGGGGCCUGGAGGAAAUCCUGCCAGCCCAGCAGCUGCUCUGAGCCAGGGACACAGGAGCCAGAGAAGAGGAUCGUCCAGGAGCUGCUGGAGACCGAGCAGGCCUACGUGGCCCGCCUGCACCUGCUGGACCAGGUCUUCUUCCAGGAGCUGCUGGAGGAGGCCCGCAGCAGCAAGGCCUUCCCCGAGGACGUGGUCCGGCUCAUCUUCUCCAACAUCUCCUCCAUCUACCAGUUCCACGCACAGUUCUUCCUCCCCGAGCUCCAGCGGCGGCUGGAUGACUGGUCGGCCACCCCCCGCAUCGGGGAUGUGAUCCAGAAGCUGGCCCCCUUCCUGAAGAUGUACAGCGAGUACGUCAAGAACUUCGAGCGAGCCGCCGAGCUGCUGGCCACCUGGACCGACAAGUCUCCCCGCUUCCAGGAGGUUCUCACUCGCAUUCAGAGCAGCGAGGCCUCGGGCAGCCUGACCCUGCAGCACCACAUGCUGGAGCCCGUGCAGAGGAUCCCGCGCUACGAGCUGCUGCUCAAGGAAUACGUCCAGAAGCUGCCGGCCCAGGCCCCGGACCGGGCCGAUGCCCAGAAAGCCCUCGACUUGAUCUUCUCAGCAGCGCAGCACUCCAACGCAGCCAUCAAGGAGAUGGAGCGGCUGCAGGAGCUGUGGGAGGUGUACCAGCGCCUGGGCCUGGAGGAUGACAUCGUGGACCCGUCCAACGCCCUGCUCCGCCAGGGCCCCCUGCUCAAGAUCUCCUUCCGCCGCCGGGACCCGGCCGAGCGCUACCUCUUCUUGUUCAACAACAUGCUGCUGUGCUGCGUGCCCCGCGUCAUCCAGGUGGGCGCCCAGUUCCAGGUGCGGACCCGCAUCGACGUGGCCGGCAUGAAGGUGCGGGAGCUGACGGACGCCGAGUUCCCGCACUCCUUCCUGGUGUCGGGGAAGCAGCGCUCCCUGCAGCUGAGGGCCAGGUCCCAGGAGGAAAUGCUUUCUUGGAUGCAGGCCUGCCAAGCAGCCAUUGACCAAAUCGAGAAGCGGAAUGAGACCUUCAAGGCCGCGGUGCAGGGCCCCGAGGACGCCGCCCAGGGGCAGGAGCUGCAGUCGGAGGAGCUGGGCCUGCGGGCGCCGCAGUGGGUCCGGGACAGCAUGGUGACCAUGUGCAUGCGCUGCCAGGAGCCCUUCACCGCCCUGACGCGCCGGCGCCACCACUGCCGGGCCUGCGGCUACGUGGUGUGUGCCAGGUGCUCCGACUACCGGGCUGAGCUCAAGUACGACGGCAACAGGCCCAACCGCGUCUGCCUGCAUUGCUACACCUUCCUCACCGGCCACGUGCUCCCCGAGGACAGGGAGGACCGGAGGCGGGGCCUCCUGGAGACGGGGUCCUCGGCGACAGCCGAGCGGAGCCUCAUGUGCGGCUUCCUGCAGCUCGGCGGGGAAAAGUGGGGCAAGAGCGGCCCCCGGGGCUGGUGCGUGAUCCCCCGGGACGACCCCCUGGUGCUCUACGUCUACGCGGCCCCCCAGGACAUCCGGGCUCACACCUCCAUCCCCCUGCUGGGCUACCAGGUGACCGCCGGGCCCCAGGGGGACCCCCGAGCCUUCCAGCUGCAGCAGUCCGGCCUGCUGUACACCUUCAGGGCCGACAGCGAGGAGCUGAGGGGCCGCUGGGUGAGAGCCAUGGAGCGGGCGGCCGGCGGCUGGAGCCCCGGUGACCCCGCGGACGGGGACCUGUCUGACUGA